CUAUUUAACUUUUUUGUAUAUAAGGACGUGUUUUAAUUGAGAGAAAGCAGAAACAAUUUUUGUCAUUUACUGACAUCAAAAUGUCUAAUUUUGCUCUAAUUGUCUUUGCACUUUUUGCCCUAACUAUCGCUAGAGCCGAUAAUUGUGGCCAAAUUUUUGUGAAGGGCCUAACGGAUGAAGAAAAACAGUUCAUUGUUAAUAAGCACAAUGAGAUUCGUUCUUGGAUUGUAGGCGGAAAAGUACCAGGGCAGCCAAAAGGCAAAAACCUCAAUGUUAUUGGGUGGGAUGAUUAUUUGGCUUCUGAGGCCCAAAAAAUAAGUGAUAACUGCGUCAUGAAACAUGCACCUGUGAAAGACAAUCGGUUUUACGUCGGUCAAAAUUUGGCAGCUUGGAGUGGUACUGGCCCAUUGAAUGAUUCCUGGUUGGAGCCCUUCGUUAUGAUGUGGUACAACGAAUAUCCAAAAUUCAUUUAUCCGAACUAUAUAAAUGGUGCUGGCCAUUAUACACAAGUAAUUUGGGAUAAAACCGAGUACAUUGGUUGCGGAUACACAUAUUAUAAGAAAAGUCCAACUGACUGGUAUGAAAAACUGUUUGUGUGCAAUUACGGCCCUGGAGGGAAUAUUUUAGGAGUAGCCCCCUACGAAAAAGCAUAAAUCGACUGGACUCUGUUUUGUUGUGCUUUAUUUUAUGUACAAUACUUUCAAUGUUUACCAAAUAAAAUAAAUAAUAUUUAAAUA